AUGGCUCGCAACGUCCAGUCCGCCGUCAAGGCCGCUUCACAUGUAAUCCCAGUUCAGAAGAAAUACACCGUGCAAUCCGUUGGAAUUUGGGAGCGAAUCCGCCGCGUACUAGCCGUGGACCCCGAGCGCUCCACCGGUAUCCCAUUGAACUCACAGUUCCGUCUUCCCACCCCCGGAUCUCUCCCUCCGCUUUCCUACGAUGACCCCGUCACCGUUCCGGCCGGUGACCUCGCCGACAACCCUUACUGGAAGCGUGAUGUGCGCCGAAACUAUCCUCAGCUGAGCACAUUCACCCAGGCCGACUCUGUGGGUCUUCUUACUGUUGGAAGCCAGGAAGCGCCUAAGGAUGAUGUCCUGCAACUUGGAGAGGCUGGAGCGAAGCAAUUAGUCUCUGUUAAGGAGCAGGCUGAGGAGCGUGGAUUGGCUGCGCUCUUUGAGCAGGACAAGAAGAGCAUUCAGGGUGUGCUGGGCGCAAACGGCUUGCCACCUACUCCUGCUGGAUUAAACACGAUUCCUGUUGCUGAGCAGUCAAAGUAUGAGCUUACUGAGGAGCAGAGCUAUGAUGGAAAGUACCCUUGCCGCAAUUUUGUUUAA